ACACACUGUUCAAUCUCCUCUGCUUUCAUGUCGUGCGCGCUUGACGAAAAGGUCGACACAGAUGGUUGCUGAACGAAGGACAGAAACUGCAUGUCAAUGUUCCUGAUGAAUUUGGUUUUUCUAACUGACCAUUGGAACUUUUCUGACAGUCUGUGCGGUAAAAUCUGCACGAGAGUUGGAAUCCCCUGAUAUCGGAGACCCUGCCAUUGUGUCAUUUUUUGACGUUGUCAGAGAUCCAUACACGGAUGGAUUGCUACUCCACUUAUCGAUUCUGGGAAAAAUCCACGUCCAUGUCUGGUGACACAACCCCUGAAACCGUGUUCCAUGCUGAUGAUGCAUUACAGCCAGAUCCUCUUGUAGACUUCCUAUAGUCGAGUCUCUUGCUAAAAUUCUCAUAGACCUCUGCUAAAGCCUGCUUUGAGAUCUCCUACAGUUGGGACCAUAAGCACAUGUCUAGGAUCAGCUUUUCCUCCUCCAAUUAUAAUCUCAAUCAUUAAUGAAGGAAAAAUUCACAACUGACCUUAAAUCAGCUUCAAGGGACACUCAUCCUCCUACUGGGAGUGGUGUGUCUCAUUGAUGUCACAAUAUAGAAGACUCCCUGGCCUGCCUUCAGAGCUCCCGCAGUCGCCAAUGGCUGCGUCUCCACUCCCAGAGCGUGACUCUGCGACCCUUCUGAAGCUGCAGGAAGUGGAUCCCAGCCGUGUUGGCCGCGGUGGCCGCAUCCUCUCGCCCAUCUUCAGCGCCCCGUCCCCGGCGCUGCCCAUGGAGGCCCACCCCAUCUGCAUCCCCUCGCCAUACACUGACAUCGGGCACGACUUCAACCCCUUGUCCUUCUACAGCCCCACUCUGCUGAGCUACGCUGGGCCCGCGCUCUCUGACUGCCCAUCCACCCACCAGUCCCUCAGUCCCUCCCUCUUCUGGCCCCCCCAAGCUCACAUGGGGCCUCCAUUGUCUCUGCACCAUCGGCCCCAAUCUCGCCCACAGCAAGGCCAGCCAACCCGAGUGUCCUGGGAGGAGCCCCACGCCCUAUCUGAGAGCAGCAAGCCUCUGAGGAAGCGCUCGCAGGAGGGUGAGGAGACGGUCAUCUCGCUGGAAGGGAAGGCUGAACUGCACUUCUGUGCCGUGUGUCACGACUACGCGUCGGGCUACCACUACGGGGUGUGGUCCUGCGAGGGCUGCAAGGCUUUCUUCAAGAGGAGCAUCCAAGGUCACAAUGACUACAUCUGCCCGGCGACCAACCAGUGCACUAUCGAUAAGAACCGCCGCAAGAGCUGCCAGGCGUGCCGCCUUCGCAAGUGCUACGAAGUGGGCAUGACAAAGUGUGGCAUGCGUCGCGACCGCAGCAGCUACCGGGGUCAUCAACCGAGGCGCGUGGGUCGCUUCUUCACCCGGGGCACUGCUAGCGGGCCCAAGCGGGUCCUAGCUGAGGGGGGCGAGCCAAUCAAGGAACUCUGCCCCACAGUAUUAACCCCGGAGCAGCUGAUUGGCCGGAUCAUGGAGGCAGAGCCACCGGAGAUCUUCCUCCAGAAGGACAUGAGGCGGCCCCUGACGGAGGCCAACGUCAUGAUGUCACUCACCAACCUGGCCGACAAGGAGCUGGUCCACAUGAUCAGCUGGGCCAAGAAGAUCCCAGGAUUUGUGGACCUGUGCCUGUUCGACCAGGUGCACCUGUUGGAGUGCUGCUGGUUGGAGGUGCUGAUGCUAGGGCUCAUGUGGAGGUCUGUGGACCACCCUGGUAGGCUCAUUUUUUCCCCCGACCUCAGCCUGAACAGGGAAGAGGGGAGCUGUGUGCAGGGUUUCGUGGAUAUCUUUGACAUGCUGCUAGCUGCCACCUCCAGGUUCAGAGAGCUCAAGCUGCAGAGGGAGGAGUACGUCUGCCUCAAGGCCAUGAUCCUCCUCAACUCCAACAUGUGCCUGAGCUCCUCGGAGGGGAGCGAAGAGCUGCAGAGUCGCUCGAAGCUCCUGCGCUUGCUGGAUGCCGUAACAGACGCACUGGUGUGGGCCAUCGCAAAGACAGGCCUCAGCUUUCAGCAGCAGUCUGCGCGCCUCGCCCACCUGCUGAUGCUGCUGUCACACAUCCGCCACGUCAGUAACAAGGGCAUGGACCACCUGCACUGCAUGAAGAUGAAGAACGUGGUGCCCCUGUACGACCUGCUGCUGGAGAUGCUGGAUGCCCACAUCAUGCACAGCCCACGGCUGCCCCAUCAAGCCAACUCAGCGGGCCCCUGUCCAGAGGUGAGCCCCCCGCAGCCCAACCUCAGCAGCUGCCCUGGCCAGACAUGGACCCCCAGCAGCAGAAGCGAGCCUCAACAGCAGGAGCAAUUGGACUGCAGGGACCCCGGUAGAAAGACAGUGGUGAAAAGGGAUCUCUAGCAGCAAAAAGGACAAUGGAGAGAAUGUGACUGGGACCCUUGUGGACUGCUACUUCUUGGAACGGCUUUUAACACCACUCUGAAACAGAGGAACUGGAACGAGUAUAAGGGUUUUUCAGAUCGUGCCUGGGAGGGGCUGCAUCCCAAUGCUGUCCAAUGAAAUCUCCUUUCAGGCAUUAGCACUGUUCUUGACUGUUUUCUCUGAGGUCGCAAACAUAAAAAAUAUAACAAUAUUUAAUGUCCCUGCUAAAGCUGCCUUUUGGUUUAUGAUCAGGUUUGAAUGUAGCCUAGCUGGGGCGACCCACGUGACCACCCAGCGAGGACAAGUUGUGACUGACUGGUCUGGAAAGGAGGCAGUUUGUUAAUGCAACAUUUGCUCAGAAAUUGAGCGGACUCAUCAAUUUAGUUUUAUGAAAUGUUUUUUUCCCCCCAGGGGCUUAAGACCUCUCAUUGUUUGGAUUUGAAAAUCCAACAGUUGCAAUGGAAGGGAGUGGCGCUCGUGUGUUUUGAGUGAGAACCAACCAGAAAAAGCACAGCCCUUCAUUAUCAACGCAUCGUGCUGACAACAUCAAAACAGCCUUUCCAGACUCUGAAGUCAGGAGACUUCAAGUUCGGUAUCAGCCAUACUAGUUUGAAAGUAGAAUCUAUGAGAAAGUCUGAAAUUAAACAUCAGUGGAUGAGUGGCAAUGAAGGAAAGGAGAUGAGAGGAAGGCAGUUAGGAGUAGCCUACUGGGACACAGAAAAGCCCAAGAAAAGGCACUUUCAACAGUCAUCAUGGACUCUCCCCUCUUUUGUACUGUCUGAGGGCGACAAGUAGCCUAGCCAUUACAGCGUUGAGCCAAUAACCUGAGCCGACAACGUGCAAAAUCUGUCGAUGUGCCCUUAACCCUAAUUUGCUCCAGGGGCGCCAUACUACCAUGGCUGACCCUGUAAAACAACCCAUAUUCGCUGCACCUAUCUGGUGUGUGACGUGUUGUUUAUUUUUUUACUGUCAAUGGGAUAAUGUGUAUAAAUAAAGCAUCAAUAUAAAUAAAUAUAACUUUGAGUGACAAUCAAAAGAUAGAUGGCCAUUUGCACUGGUUCAAAUUGUUUAACUGUCAUGGAAGAAAGAAAAACACAUUUUAAAACUAUAUACUUCACCUCAAGAUCUUAUUCCUUUGCUUUACCAUCUGUAUAGCUUCAAACUUUGCAUACAGUAUGCAAAUUAGGCACAUGUCCUAAUAAACAAAUAUAUUUCCAGCUGAAAAGGUGGAGGUGAAGGGUCACGCUACUGUCAUUCCACUCUAGAACACAUUCCCUUAAAGGUGGACUCCACAAUAAUAAUAUCAUCAUACACAGUGGGACAAAGUCCUGUUUGAAUCAACAAUCAAAUCUAAAUGACACUAUUUUGUCUCCUCAAAUAAAGAUGCAAAUUAAGACGGAAGAUUUUUUAAUUCCUUCGCAAAAAGUGCCUAUGGGUCAAAUCCCAUCUUCAGUAAUGGGAGUGUGACUCAAACAUUCAUACAAAUUAAUUUGGGACUUACUUGAAUGUCAGUUUUACGUCCGCAUGUCUCUAGCUAAAAUUCAGCCCUUCAUACGUGGGCAAUGUGAUCGAAUUCUGACCACAAUGUUGUUUCUGUGUUUAUUCCUCCCGGGAAGACAGCAUGGUGAAAUGAAGAGAUACAAUAAUUGUAAUAUUGUAAUAAGACUCACGCCUUUCAAAGAGCACAGUGCAACGCUGUUAUGUUUAUGUACCACUUUAUUUAUGACUGGCCCAAUAAGGCCCAGUACAAGUUCAAUUCCCGGUUUAAAAAACGGUGUCAUCUUGACAGUUUUGGAGGAGUUUUGGAGGGAGGGUCUUUGUUUUAGACCUGUUGUACUUUGUGUAGUUGCUACUGGCGACCAAGAAAGUGUUUAGAUUGUGCCUUCUCCAUAGCGACCAGCUUGUCUUAAACGCACACAUCAGCUGUCCUGACUGUUUAUUAUAUCUGUUAUGUCUUUGUGAUAACAGUAUUAUGUAGCGGCGAUUAUGACUGGUUCAAGUAAGGUAUUGCCCAUAACAUAACCCACCUGCUAACUGGGCCUUUCCAUCCAUUCAUCAGCUUUGUGUUGUCCUCACACCUGACAAUAUUUAGGCCAGGAUUCAACCCGAGUCAUGUUAGCGCUGUCGACAAUGCAGCUUUUAAAGGCAAUAUUCCUAAAUUUAUGGUCACGGUAAACACUCUACAACAUGCAUUGGAUUGAAUCCAGGCCUUAGAAUGCCAAUGAUACAUUCAACUAAUGUGACGUCCUAAAGAUACACACAAUAGGAUCACAAUCAAAACAACUGAAUAUUAGGAAUGUGUUCCUAAUGUUAGGUAUACUCAGUGUAUAUAGAGCCUGUCUGCAUUCCUGAUUUCUGUUACCGUUAGUUUAUCUGCGUAAUAUUGACUUAAGCUCAGAACCACUUGUUUUGCAAACAUGGUCCUGUUGUAUAUAUUGCUGUGCUGAUCAAUGGACAGUUCAUUACCUCUGUCAAAUGAAUAUGUAGCUUAAAAUUGUGUUUAUUUCAUUUUGCAAUAAAGAUGGUGACGCUACAAUAAUGCACAUUUAAAUUAGGCCUAUAUCCAAAAACACAUAUGGCCUAAUGAUAUAUUUUUGGCUUCAGACGAACGCCUAGUUCUCACAUAGUUUUUUUUAAAAAAUUAAAGCCUUUUCAAAGCCUUAAUAAUCAACUAUGUCGCAGUCUGCUUUUGCCAAGCUUGUAGUAAUAGAAAAGCAGAGUGCUAGCUUUAUUUCCUGUGCUAAUUUAACCUAUUUCCUUUCAGUAGCGCUAUAUUUACUCUGGUCGAGGAAGCAUAUUAUUUACUUUUGAUGACCAGACAGCCAUAGCUGCAUCCCACACUUUUAAUUUGUAAUCUCUCAUUUUGGGGGGAUUUCUAGCAUCAAUAACAAAGUACAGUAUAGGACCUCAGGAGACAUGAACUCUUCGGGAAUGGAGGUUGUUCAGAAUGCUGACGUAUUCUUUACUUUGAAAUGGAUUUAACGCAUCAAACCUUUGUAGACAAUAUGAUUUACUUAUUAACAUGCAUUUAACCAUUUAGUAAAAAAACAUUUACGUUUCUGUAAUCUACAGACUCAGGCGCAUGAGCAACAUUUACGUUUUCUUUGCAAUUAAUAAUACAUUUCCCGGUUCCGUAUUUCCCGUUUGAUCGGUCAGUCCGUAACUCGAGGUUCUACUCUUUAACAUGAGAUCUAAAAUAGUAUGCGGAUGCUAAUUGCCAUCUCUGGGUCCAUUUAGUCUGUCAUUUAGAAAAAUGGUUAACUAAGGCCUAGAUUCAAUCAGUUCAGAGUUAAUCUGUGAUAACCGACAACUGCAUUCUAUAUCAUUUAUUUUGUUUGGGCGGUGUCAUUUCUACAUAGCCUACACUUUCUUAUUCUGAACUUCUAACACGGGUGGGAUUUAAGGAUGGGUUUGGUUUCGUGACAAUGACCACAAGAGUGGGUGCUCGCCGAUUUGACAGCUCCAACGCAGUUACCCCAGACCUCGUCCAAACAAAAGCAAUAUGCUAUACAGUUGUCGUUUAUCGUGGGUUAAUGCAGAUCUGAUCUGAGUCUAGGGCCAUAGCUCACAUCAGCUGUUUAAUACUAUAAGACAAACACCAUUGAUCUUUGUCAACACCAACAGUAGACUCCUCUCAAGGCAAGAAAUGUUUUUGAGUUAACUCUUUUUAAUUCAACUAGUCAGCUGUGCACAAGUCCUUUCACUUUCCCGAUGACUGAGCCAUUUGUAGCCCAGCAGUGCAUUCUGCUUUGAACGAUCUUUGAGAAUGCUGUACACUGCCAGCAGGAUAAGGAUACACAUGCUUUUUCAACUGUAACGUGAGUGCUUUAAAUGUCAAGGUUUCCCAAUGUGAAUUUUUAUGUGGGUUUUGUUCCAACGUCGCACAGGAGUAUGUUUCUUUGAAGAAUAAAAAUUAAAUUAUGAA